CCUCACGGCCCUCCCGGUUUGUUUCAGGGUGGACCCAGCAGAUCUGUGCGUGGAGUCUCCAGGACUAGAAUCCCAGGCGCCCCCACACCCUCCGACACGUGAGACCCCGCCCCUCCGCGCCACACCAUAAAGGGCUUGAAGACCUGGGCGCACCGCGGCCGCCAGGGUCAUGGAGGGCGCGUUCGCAGCCAACUGGAGUGCGGAGGUGGUCAACGCUAGCGCCGCGCCUCCGAGGGCCGAGGGCAACCGCACCGCUGGACCCCCACAGCGCAACGAGGCUCUGGCACGCGUGGAGGUGGCGGUGCUGUGUCUCAUCCUGUUCCUGGCGCUAAGUGGGAAUGCGUGUGUGCUGCUGGCGCUGCGCACCACGCGCCAAAAGCACUCGCGCCUCUUUUUCUUCAUGAAGCACCUGAGCAUUGCAGACCUGGUGGUGGCUGUGUUCCAGGUGCUGCCACAGCUGCUGUGGGACAUCACCUUCCGCUUCUACGGGCCCGACCUGCUGUGCCGCCUGGUCAAGUAUUUGCAGGUGGUGGGCAUGUUCGCCUCCACCUACCUGCUGCUGCUCAUGUCGCUGGACCGCUGCCUGGCCAUCUGCCAGCCGUUGCGCUCGCUGCGCCGCCGCACCGACCGACUGGCUGUGCUCGCCACGUGGUUUGGCUGCCUGGUGGCCAGCGUGCCGCAGAUGCACAUCUUCUCGCUGCGCGAGGUGGCUGACGGCGUCUUCGACUGCUGGGCUGUCUUCAUCGAGCCCUGGGGACCCAAGGCCUACAUCACGUGGAUCACACUAGCUGUCUACAUCGUGCCGGUCAUCGUGCUAGCCGCCUGCUACGGCCUUAUCAGCUUCAAGAUCUGGCAGAACUUGCGGCUCAAGACCGCUGCAGCAGCGGCAGCUGAGGCGCCAGAGGGUGCGGUGGUUGGCGCCGGAGGGCGCAUGGCCCUGGCGCGUGUCAGCAGCGUCAAGCUCAUCUCCAAGGCCAAGAUCCGCACGGUCAAGAUGACUUUCAUCAUUGUGCUGGCCUUCAUAGUGUGCUGGACGCCUUUCUUCUUCGUGCAGAUGUGGAGCGUCUGGGAUGCGAACGCGCCCAAGGAAGCCUCAGCCUUCAUCAUCGUCAUGCUCCUGGCCAGCCUCAACAGCUGCUGUAACCCCUGGAUCUACAUGCUGUUCACGGGCCACCUCUUCCACGAAUUUGUGCAGCGCUUCCUGUGCUGCUCCUCCAGGUACCUGAAGGGCAACCGCCUGGGAGAGACAAGCGCCAGCAAGAAGAGCAACUCGUCCUCCUUUGUCCUGAGUCACCGCAGUUCCAGCCAGAGGAGCUGCUCCCAGCCAUCCAUGGCGUGACCCACCAGCCAGGGCCAGGGCUGCCUCCUGAGGCUUGGGCUGUGCUGGCAUGGGUACCUAUCAGUUUGUAUCACUCCACCCCUUGAGGUGGCUACAAUGGGGUGGAGAGUGGCUUCCAUGGUGGAAGAUGAUAGGGGACUCAGCUAUCAGACAACCCCCUGGCCUCUUGCAUGUACUUCUACCACCCUGACCCCACUGCUACCCUGGGGAGCGGGUGGGUGGUUUUUUCCCCUGGACCUGUAAUUUCACUCCAGUAUCUUUUUAAUUCUUUAUUCUGGGCUAUUAUGAAAAGUGGUAAAUAGAAGAUUGGUGACCAAUUGGGUCAGGAAGUCCAGUGUUCUGGACCUGGGGUAAGGAGUGGGGUUGGGAACUUAGAUGAGGGUGAUGCUGAGAUCCUCCUGACUUCAAAGUGCAUUUGCCCUUGAGUGGACAAGUGCUGGCGUCCCUGGGGACCAGCUUGUCAGAGGAUAUCCUGAGGAGCAGGGGAUUACCUUAUAAGACCAUCUGGCAUAGCAGCUCAAUUAGUACUUGGGUUAAAAAUGUUUAAAAAGCUAAUGUUUAAGAAGCAGUUGGGAAAGAAAAAGAAAUAAUGCAUCCAGAUUGGAAAAGAAGAA